UUGACGUCAAAAUAAAGUAGCGGAGGCAAGUCAGCUUGGACAGCUCUCUUCAAAUAAACAAUCCUUAAAACAAGUUUGCAUGUAAAAUAUGUAAUCUUGAGAAAGCAGCUCUUCGAGUUGUUUCAGAUAACAGUUAUCGCUACAUAUCGAAUAUUUGUUAUUUAGGCAGGCUAACUUACUGACAAAGUUGUUAUGUUGUCAUUGUUAACUAUGCUAAUGUUGUUUAGCUAACAUCCGUUUAGUUUAUAGUUAAAUAAUUACACCAGAGGGUUUCUUUGUUAUUAGAGAAAUGGCCUGCACAUUAGAAAAGGUACUUGGUGAUGCUCGUACCCUACUGGAGCGGCUGAAAGAUCAUGACACAGCGGCGGAGAGUUUAAUCGAGCAGUCGGGAGCACUUAGCCAAAGGGUCCAUAGCAUGAAGGAAGUCAGUAACACACUCCCAGAUAAGUACAUAGAGGAGACUUCCGAGUUGCAGGAGUUGUCAAGAUACAAGCCACACGUACUUCUUGCUCAGGAAAACACUCAAAUCAAAGAGCUGCAGCAGGAGAAUAGAGAGCUUUGGCUUUCUUUGGAGGAACACCAGUAUGCACUGGAACUUAUCAUGGGUCGAUAUCGCAAACAAAUGCUUCAACUGAUGAUGGGGAAGAAAAAACUUGAUACAAAACCUGUGUUAAGUCUUCAUGAGGACCAUGCUAAGGAGGUGCAAGGCCAGCUGGAGCGGAUAUGCGAGAUGGGCCAAGUAAUGAGAAAAGCUGUCCAUGUGGAUGACCAGCACUACUGCUCUGUGCAAGAAAGACUCGCACAGCUCGAGAUUGAGAAUAAGGAACUAAGAGACCUCCUGUCAAUCAGUAAGAGUUCUGUCAAACCACAGAGAGAAGUAGAGGAUCAGCCAGAGCCUGGGGCCAGUCCCUCUGCCCAGUAGAGGUCACACACAGGUCAUUUCUAUGGAGGCAGAAUUCCAAACUGCCUAAGACACCUGCUUAGAAUAGAAUUCCGGGUUGAAAUUCAUCCACCACAGAUCUGAAAUGUAUUGUGUUUGGAUGUUUGUUUCUAACGCCUUAGUGCUGUUUCAUUUGGAUUUGAGGUACUGGUACAUGUCUGACUUUUUUGUUUCUCAGGUAAUUAAAUCUCAUUCUUGAUGGUCAAACCACUGACCUUUGGCCAAUGUUGAUACAAAUGCAUUGUUAUUUGUCUGGGUGUUUUGUACUCUGUUUUGACUUUAGUUAUCCCCAUACUGGUGUACUGUUAGUACCUACAGUACUUCUUCUUGAACCUAAGAUUACUUUACACAAACAUUCACUUGUAGCCUGAAGUUGCUUUGACAGAUGAUUUACGAGACUGCCACUCAACAUCAAAUUUAAAACAAAAAACGCCACUGAAUCAGUGUGCAUUUAUAGAUGUAAUAUACUUGUAAGUACAGAGCCACCUGGCCAAAAGAUUGAUGAUUGUAGACAUGUAGACAAAAAAAUGUUUCUCAGUACUUUGAAUCAAGCAUAUUAAUGUGUCGUGUAAAGCCUACAGUUUUUUACAUCGGUGUAAUAUCCAGGAUAGUUGUGUGUGUGUGUGUACUGUUUUUUAAUAGACAAAUGGAUGAAAGUGAUGUAUGUCUCAUCUCAGGAAUGCUGAUAUCAUUCACAACAUUAACCGCUAGUGUGGUGUUAUGAAUAAUUGUAGUUAAUGUGCAAUUAAAGUGCAUUAUUCAUAGUAAGCAGGACAGAAUAUUGAAGGUGAAAGCAAAAAAAAAACACAAACCUUUACACGUGUGUUGUACAUUAUGAUGCAAAUAAACUUAUUGAUUGA